AACCAUAUAAGAUAGAUAGGUAACAAACAAACACAAAUCAGAAUCAUAAAUAAAUACAAAAGAAAUUGGAAAAAAAAACGCAUUGCAUCAAAAUUCACGCUUUUAUUUUGAAGCCUCCGCCGCCUCGUUUCCGCCCGCCCUCCAUCUUGGCGCAGUUAACUUGACGCAGUGGAGAACCAAACGGAGGCAGAGCGGAUCAAUUUGGAGCCACGGCGGUUGAUCGGGAUUAUGCGGCGACACUGAUUGCUGUAUCGGCUGAACACACUGUUUUCCUCAUCGAGUCCAUCAGCUGCGGUGUCGCCUCAUUCUCCAGGUGUUAGUCUGUACCCGGCCCGUAUGCAGCCUGUCCGGGGCCUGGUCUAAUCCCUGGUGCUCCUUCUCUCCCACCACCUCCUCCUCCCUCCUUUCCCUACCCUCCUCCCCCCUGCCCCCUCCCUCCAUCCUCACCCCCCCCCCCCACCCCUUUCACCACCACGCACACGCAGCCAGACUCCCAGUGUUUAGUCCGGACCGGUGGCCUGGCUGGCUGCCCCCUACAGGUGGAUGAAUGAAGACCCCAUUCAAGAGCCCAGCGGCCCCGCGGCCCCGAGCGGACGGGGGUGAGUUCCCGGAGCAGAGGAAAGACGAUUACUACGACUCCCAUGGACAUUCAGGCGUGUCUGCAAACAUGAUGAAGAAGAAGAACUCGCACAAGAAACAGAGGACCAGUGUUGGUCCCAGUAAGACUCUGGCUCAGCCCAGAAGGAACAUCGUGGGCUGCAGGAUCCAGCACAUCUGGAAGGAGGGCAGUAAGUCGUCUCAGUGGAAAGGGACGGUCCUGGACCAGGUCCCCGUCAACCCCUCCCUCUACCUGAUCAAAUACGACGGUUUCGACUGCAUCUACGGCCUGGAGCUGUACAGCGACGAGCGGGUGGUGGGGCUGGAGGUGCUGCCCGACAGAGUGGCUCCGGCCCGUGUCAGCGACUCGCUGCUGGCGGAGACAAUGAUCGGUAAAGCGGUGGAGCACAUGUUUGAGACGGAGGACGGGCCGAAGGAGGAGUGGAGGGGGAUGGUCCUGGCCCGAGCGCCCAUCAUGACGUCCUGGUUCUACAUCACGUACGAGAAGGACCCGGUCCUCUACAUGUACCAGCUGCUGGACGACUACAAGGAGGGAGACCUCCGCAUCAUGCCCGACUCCAACGACAGCGUGACGGCGGAGCGGGAGCCCGGCGAGGUGGUCGACAGUCUGGUGGGCAAACAGGUGGAGUACGCCAAAGAGGACGGCGGGAAGCGGUCGGGGAUGGUCAUCCACCAGGUGGAGGCCAAACCCUCCGUCUACUUCAUCAAGUUCGACGACGACUUCCACAUCUACGUCUACGACCUGGUCAAGACCUCCUAAGACCAGAAAAGACCUGGUUCCAGGACAUCCCCAGAAAGACUUUACCAAGUCCUGCCUAGAUCCACCAAACACCCCCCACCCCCCCACCCCCCCCAUCCCCCAUCCCUGCCCCCCCCAGUGAAGAAAAACCACAGCGAGGGUUUGAAACAUCCUGAGACUCACCACGGUCUGUGGAGACGCCUGAGACAGAUGAGAUCCACUCUUCACUCUUUUCUUUGAUGAAGCGCCUUAAACACAGGACCAGAUACAACCCCCACCCCCCCACCCCCACCCCCACCUCCACCUCCACCCCAGGUUCAGACUUAAAACCUCCACCCAGCUCCGAGUCUUGAGACCAGAGUCGUUCAUCGUUCAUCACUUCAGACUCCAGCAGUCCCUGACGCCUGUGAGAUUCACAAGAACAGAAAUGUCGCUGAUCCAGGUUCGGUGAGAGGACACAAAGACCUCCUCCCCCUUUUCCUGAAACCCUGUCAGACCGUCUGAGACCUCCGUGGCGUGAGGGAGGGGGGGCGCGCAGGUCUGAGUCUGCCGGGGUUAAUGAAGGGACGGGACUUCAGGAUACAGGAACUCUGAAGCUUCAUCUGGUCUCCAUCUGCAUUUAGAGAAGGUGAACUUGGACCUGGGGAGCGUGUGUCCAAUCACAGAGCAUUUAUUUACUGACCCCGCCCCUAUACACGUCACCUGUUGACAAAGAAAGACGCUGAUUGGACGCUGUGUAUAAACAAGAGAACACAGACUCUCUUUUCUUUUAUCAUUUUGUCAUUUUCCUGUCUGUGGUGAUUCCUACAUUACCCAUAAUGCCUCUGCAUCAGACGGCGGCAGAGGCUCAGGUGUCAGGUGGACGUGCUCGUAGAGAAACGGCACCGUCGGCCUCGAGGUUCAGGAGCAGCGUUAAUGAGACUAAUUAGUCUGAUGUUUGUGAAUCAUCCAGCUGUUUCUGCUGCAGCCUCACUUCCUGAAUUUCAACAUAAAAGUCUGAUGUUUUUACGCCUCACCAACAUUUUUAUAUUUGUGCCAAAAAGACGUGUUUAUGAAAACGUUCCCGCACAUUAAACGUGUUCCCUGAAGGUCUCAUGGAUCCUGGUCCAGAUGAGACCAGUGAAGUCCUCCAGUGUGUGAGAGAAGAAGAAGAAGAAGAGUCACAUCAGUUAUUGAUACUUUGUGUUUUUAACCAAACUUAUUUAACAUCUGUCAGCAGUGUAUAAACAUUUAAUAAAUAUAUUUAAAUUCAAACACAUGACAGGUAACAGCUGUUCAGAAACAUCAACUUUAAAAAGUAAAAUGUAGGUAUUCAAAUGCAAAAACUUUCAAAAUAAAAGCAAAAUAAAAAUUAUUUCAGAUAUUUAGAUAUUUGACAAGUCUUUCUUUUAUUAUGUCAAACAUGAAUAACAGCUAAAUUGUUUAUAACACAAUAAUGUAGUUGUAGACAAUUAUAGUUUCUAUGAUUCCAGCUGUUUCACUAACAAACACAUGAAUAGAAAUCAAUAGAAACCAGUUAUAGAUGAACACGCUGCUUCUAAAUGUUAAAUAAGGGGUUAAAAUAAUCUCCUCCCUCAGACAGCUGAUGAACACACUGAGGCUGCAGCUCUUCACACUUCCUGUUCUCAGUCACAUCUGUCCACAUGUUGGUAUCAGCUGCCUCUCACAUCAGCUCGUCCUUAGAUUUCCUCUCUGCUCCUCUGUGCUGUGUGAGAUGUACGGUGGCCCUGAGAGCUCAAAACACAAACGACUUCAGAGAACACCUUCGACCCUCAGGGCCACCGUAGGUUCUCCUGUUAGCAGCAGAAGCUCGUGGCUGCAGCUCCACUGAUGAUGAUGAUGAUGAUGAUGAUGAUGAUGAUGAUGAUGAUGAUGAUGAUGUUGUUGUUUGUAAGAUUAUUGUUUUUAUCUCUGCUGACAAAUCUCUCUCUCUCUCCUUUACAAUUAUUUUACAGCUGCUCAUAAAAGUUCCGUUCAUUUCUCAGCUGUUCAUUCAUUCAUUCAUUCAUUCAUUCAUCCAUCCAUCAUAACUGAUCAGAAAAUGAAUCUGCAGCUGUUCAGGUCGUUGUUUACACAAACACUGAUUAUUUUCUGGGCUGCUGUUCAGACACAACAAACUUCUGAUGUGAUCAACUCGGCCGACAGGAAGUUGCUGUUCUUGUUUUAAUUUAAAUUUUUACUGUUUUCAACAAUAACGAUUCAUUGAUUAAUGUAAAAAUUGAAUCGGCAGAUUAACUCACAGUGAAAAUAAUCGUUAACGUUACAAAGAAGGACUUCCUGUGACGUCGUCUGGUCCUGGAGCGCAGAGGUUUUUCCAGUAACAGGUAGAAAUGCUCACCUGGUCUUCGCCCUCCAGGUCCUGGUCUAGAGGACUGUAGGUCCUGACGGGCGCUGUCAUGAACAUCCAGGGGGUGUCGGACUCUCUUAUUAACCUGGGUGUUGUUGGGAAUGUUACCCACAAUGCAUCUGUCUUCAGGCUGAUGAACCAUGGGACGUUUAGACCGUAGUGAGCCUCCCGAGUGGUGGGAGGGAGGGAGGGAGGGAGGGAGGGGGGGGUGACACCAGAGUCUGGGUGGAUCUUCAGCCUCCAUGAUGUGGACAUGAGUAGUUGUCUGUUCAGGAGCCGACACGCCGUUCGUAUUUUACAGAAAAACAUUGAUCUGUAGUGAGUGUGUGUGAGUGUGUGUGUGUGAGUGUGUGUGUGUGUGCUGUCGAUCAGCCCCUGUUCGGAGCAGUGUUGUUUUUGCAUGCUUAUAUAGCUCAGUGUAAAUCGAUGUGAGUUGCAUGUCCGUGUAGUUUUCAGUUGUUCGGCUGGUUCUGUCUGUCGUGGCUUUGGGUGCCUUUCAUUUGGUUUCUCUCUCCUUUUUGUUCCCUGUUAUAUUUUGUACUGAGUGUCCCAGAGGCUGGGAGCAUUUUUGGGUUAUUGAGCAAAAAAAUAAAAUAAAAAAAACAACAAAAAAAUCCUCCUACAAACAGAACUGAGCAGUUAUCAUCAGGUCGAACAGCAGGAACCUGUGAAGAGGUCGUGUUCUGUUUUUGGGCGGAUUGUCCCUUUAAGAGUCGAGUGCCAACUACAGAUGCCAGUGUUGUACAGCAGUGAAAAGCUCACACUAUUUACUAAAAUAAACCAUUUCUCUGUUUUUUUUCA